AUGGUUACCUCUACACAAAAGAUUAUAAAAAAUAUAAAUAUGGGCUGGUUCUGGGCUUCCAACACAUCCCCAACUGCCAAUGAAUACAUCCAAGGCGCGGAGCGACAGGGACUCGGACUAUUACGAUCAGAUAACCUGCCAGCAUGCGAAGCCGGUUGUCCCAUCAGGACCGUUCCAGGCCAGAACAAGAAUGACACACAACAACAUCCUGCUCCCUCCUGCCCCGUCCGCGCAAAGGAUGAUCCCUUCAACCCAACCUCCUCCCCCGACACCGCAACAUCCCAACCCCAAUCGACCCUCUCCAGACUCAAUCCCUUAAACUACAUGUUCGCCUCGAUCCCGCAAAGCCGCGCGCCGAACCAGACCGUCGAUCUCAGCGUCGAGCGCGAGGUCUCCUCCAUCCCCCGCGCCGACAGCUCCAGCAGCAGGUGGGAAUACCCGUCGCCCCAGCAGAUGUACAACGCGCUCCUCCGCAAGGGUUACUCGGACACGCCGCAGGACGCCGUUGAGGCGAUGGUUGCCGUGCAUAAUUUCCUCAACGAGGGCGCGUGGGAGGAGAUUGUGGGCUGGGAACGCACGUUUGCGGGCGGGCUGUGGAAGGGAUGGCUGCGGUGUAAGCGAGGGGAUUUGAAUUUGUUGAGGGAGGAGCAUCGGGAGGAGAGGGAGAUGGGGAGUGGUGGAGAGGGUGAGCCGCGUGCUGAGCCGCGCUUGGUGAGAUUCAUGGGUAGGCCGCAGGAGAGGACGCCCAAGGCAACCAUUUUGCAGGCGUUGGGCUGGGUUUAUCCGGCCAAAUUUGGAACAUCACCCCCUUUCGACCGUCACGACUGGUAUGUACAGCGCCAGACAUCUUCUGGACCUAAAGAAGUUCGCUACGUGAUUGAUUAUUACUCCGGACCGCCGGGGCCGGAUGGCGAGCCGGUAUUUUAUCUGGAUAUCCGCCCUGCAAUCGAUACACCUACAGCAGCGAUUGAGCGGAUGAUGAGAUGGGGCGGCGAUGUAUGGUGGAGAGCUAGCGGUGGAGCCGCAAGAGAGUCGGAGAAGAAAUAA